AUGCCAACUGACACAUCAACCUCACGCCCCCCUUCCACUCAGCGCUGGGUAAAGACUGGUCAUAAAACUCGACUUUUGCAGAAAACGCAAAAACGACAGCCGAGCCACUGCAAAAAAAGAAGCAAUUUAUGUCCAGACUCAAGCAAUGUUCCCAUUGUCACCCCCGCCAUGCAUGAAACCCGGCUCAACGGUCCACCACCACAAUAUCCAAUAGAAGGUGAGCGGUCCGUCAAGUCACCCAACCCCAGCACAUGGCAAAGCCUUCCGUUGCUUUUUUUUGCGCGCCUUGCCCAGACUAUUGCAUUUGAUGCGCAUACCAUUAAUGGAUAA